AGACGAAUGUCACGAGUUGAUCACCUGAUCCAGGCCAGCGCUUUGCUACACUUCCUAAACUUGCUAAAAUAAAGGCAAAGCGAGAUAGGAUUUUGAAAAAAGAUCUACGCCGUUUCACAUUUCAUUGUUACCCUACCAGCGUUGAAAAUUAUUCCGAUGGAGGCGGAUAAAUUAUUGCCUUGUGGAGUGAAUGUCACAUCUACCAUCUCGCCGACAGUGACAGAUAACAUCGAUGGAUGUAUCCUUGUCGCUAAGGAUCUUGAUCUUGUACCUGCUGACCUGAAAGAGAUUAGGGAUGCUGUUUCCAGACAUCAGAAGCUUGAUGCUUCAGUAGGGAAGGGAGUGUCCUUCAUCCCUGUAGACUCUGCAGUGUCAGGAUAUCGUAGGGUAGUCUUCUCCCCGACCGGACCCAUCAACAGGGAUUAUGAUGAUCAUAGGAACUUUGCAGAUGCAGCAGGAGCUGGGAUUAAGAGAGCGAUAGCUGCUGGAAUGACCAGACCUCUUCUGAUCGUGUGCCCAAGCCCAGGCUACCCUAAUUCAGUCCUGGCUGCAGCCCUGGGGGCCCUUCAGGCUGCAUAUGUGCCCCUUGAGAUUCGUGAAGAUGUUCCGGAGAAGGGGAACAAGCUGUCUUCUCUGACCAUCUUCUCUGACGGGGCUUCCAGUGAGCUCAAGAAAAUUAUUGGUGGAAUCGAAAGUGGAAGGCUUGUUGCUAGGGACAUUGGGGGAUCUGACCCUGAGAGAAUGGCUGCUCCUAACGUAGCACGUUACGUGGAGAAUGUCUUCGCUGGGUCAUCAUCUGUUAAGCUUGAAGUCAUUUCUGAUGAUGCUGCCCUGAUGGAAUGCUAUCCACUCUUCUCCGCCGUCAACCGGUGUGCCAAGCUGGUCGAUCGUCAUAGGGGGCGUGUCAUAAAACUCGAGUAUGUGGGGAGCGGCGAGAUCACCAAGACACUCAUGCUUGUUGGCAAGGGUGUGACCUAUGACACCGGUGGUGCUGAUAUCAAGGCGGGCGGAGUUAUGGCAGGAAUGCACAGGGAUAAAUGUGGUGCGGCAGCGGUAGCCGGUUUCUUCCGUACCCUGGACAUCAUCAAGCCAGCAGGGUUGAAGGUCAUUGGCACAAUGGCUAUGGUUAGAAACAGUGUGGGCGUGGAGAGCUAUGUUGCAGAUGAGAUCAUUACAUCAAGGGCUGGAGCGAGGAUUCGAAUUGGCAACACGGACGCCGAAGGCAGGAUGGCAAUGGGUGACUGCCUCUGUGAAAUGAAAGAAAAGGCUCUGAAAGAAAUCAACCCUCAUCUGAUGACUAUUGCCACUCUAACUGGUCAUGCGAUCAGAGCCAUGGGACCAGACUACUCGAUCAUCAUGGAUAAUGGACCUGCCAAGAAGACUGAUCACGCAAGGAACAUGCAGAGAGCUGGUGAUUUGAUCGCUGACCCAUUUGAAAUAUCCACCAUCAGACGAGAGGACUAUGCAUUCCACAAGGGAAAAUCUGAGUACGAGGACGUCCUCCAGGCCAACAACAAGCCUUCCACGCUGACCCCUAGAGGUCACCAGAGCCCUGCAGCUUUCCUUAUAAUGGCUUCAGGAUUGGAUAAGCAUGGCCAAGACUCCUCGUCCCCCUUGGCCUACUCUCACAUAGACAUCGCCGGAUCUUCCGGACCUUUCCCCGGUGUGCCAACGGGGGCGCCCAUCGCAGCCAUGACGGCCCUGUACAUGAUGGGCUUCUAAUCACGAUGAUCCCGUCCAUCCGUCUGUCCUUUGUAGAGCACCCAGCCAGAUAAAUCAUGUACCAGUAACUUUAUUUAGAGCUAUUGACUCUUAUCCUGCCAUAAUGAA